CUGGUCCAGGGGAGCCGGCGGCGGCCUCUGCAGCUCCCGUAGCCCGCCCAUUGCGUGGGCGGGCGCCUUAGCGCACUUGCGCAUUCUGGGGAAAGCGGAGCUGCACCCCGCCCCGUAUUGCUGCUCUGCUCCUCAGCUGUGCGUGCGAGGGACGUCGGGGGCGGCGCCGCAGCAGUUGCCCCUGGUAACGGGGGAGGCAGCAGGAGGAGGAGGAGGAGGGACUCGGCGGGAGGAUGGGCUUGCUCUCAAUUUUGCGCAAGUUGAAAAGUGCACCAGACCAGGAGGUGAGAAUACUUCUCCUGGGCUUGGAUAAUGCUGGCAAGACCACUCUUCUGAAGCAGCUUGCAUCUGAAGACAUCAGCCACAUCACACCUACACAGGGUUUCAACAUCAAAAGUGUACAAUCACAAGGUUUUAAACUGAAUGUAUGGGACAUUGGUGGACAGAGGAAAAUCAGACCAUACUGGAAGAAUUAUUUUGAAAAUACCGAUAUUCUUAUAUAUGUAAUCGACAGUGCAGACAGAAAAAGAUUUGAAGAGACGGGUCAGGAACUAGCAGAAUUACUGGAGGAAGAAAAACUAAGUUGUGUGCCAGUGCUCAUCUUUGCUAAUAAGCAGGAUUUGCUCACAGCAGCCCCUGCCUCUGAAAUUGCAGAAGGACUGAACCUGCAUACCAUCCGCGACCGAGUCUGGCAGAUCCAGUCUUGCUCAGCUCUCACAGGAGAGGGCGUUCAGGAUGGCAUGAACUGGGUCUGCAAAAAUGUCAAUGCAAAGAAGAAAUAAAAUCUAGACGAAUGGAGAUGCAGGAGCUGCGGGAGCCGAAUUCGGUCCUGAAAAACACUAAUUUGCUGCUUUCUGACCAAAUGUUUUUCCAUCUGUGUACAGCUCCAGCUGUUUGAAGAGAGGGAACAACACAGUUUAGAAAGAAUCCCCAUUCCCGCAGUAGAUUUAACUGAUCUCUGAGGUUCAGUAUCAUUUUUCAAAUAAAGGAAUUAUAUUAUUUCCUCUGCAUAA